UUUUACCAACUAGUCAAGUUGCAAUUUGUUUUAGUAAGGCAACAUUUAUCGAAUGUCUUGUAAAAUUUAUAUUAACGUUUUAGGUUUAAGUAUUUAUAUGCCAAAUACUUGAGAAAGUGGAAUUACCCUGUGAGAUUUAUAUAGUUCAACGACCUUGGGGUGUUGUGAUUGAGGUCCGGCCAUGUUUGUUGAGAGGAAAGUGGGAUGAAAAAGUAUAAUUGUAAUUUAACAUUUGUAUUUUGGUGCUAAUUUACUGCAGAUUGAUUGCAACAGAAGUUUAUAUUGCAAUGGAAGGAAGCGACAGAGGUCUCAGUCUAGAUAACAGUCUGUCCAUCAGCUCAAUGGGGCCACAGUCUCCCCUUGAUAUGAAACCUGACCCAGUCAGCUUACUUGGUCCUGGAAACUUCAGUCCCACGGGUGGUGGAGGGGGUGGCGGUGGACCCAACAGCCCCAACUCGUUUGGUAUUGGCCACAGCAGUGUUCUUAGUAAUUCAACAGGUAGUGCACAGUCAAAAAGCUCAUCAGUGUCACCUCCCUUCCCACCAAAUCACCCGCUCAGUGGCUCAAAACACCUGUGUUCUAUCUGUGGGGACCGAGCCAGUGGGAAACAUUAUGGUGUCUACAGCUGUGAAGGGUGCAAGGGUUUUUUCAAGAGAACGGUGCGAAAGGACUUGUCAUACGCAUGCCGGGAAGACAAGAACUGUACAAUUGAUAAGCGCCAGCGCAACAGAUGUCAGUACUGCCGCUACCAAAAGUGCCUUGGUAUGGGUAUGAAGAGGGAAGCCGUCCAGAGCCAUCAUAAGAGACAUUGUGGAGAUAUUAGAUCAGGAGUCCUAUGUAGGCACCGUGAAGACAGACUGCAUGAAGAUGAGGACCUCUCAAGACUUGCUUCAGGACUCACAGUUCAUCUAGAUAAGGAGGAGCGUCAGCGUACCAAGGAGCGUGAUCAAAAUGAGGUGGAAUCUACCAGCAGUCUGCAUACAGAUAUGCCUGUUGAGCGUAUACUGGAGGCAGAGAAGAGAGUUGAGUGCAAGACUGAAAAUCAGGUUGAGUUCGAGUCGGCAGUGACCAACAUUUGCCAAGCAACCAAUAAACAGUUGUUUCAACUUGUUGAGUGGGCCAAGCACAUCCCUCACUUUACGAAAUUGCCUCUUGGAGAUCAGGUGCUUCUCCUGCGAGCAGGUUGGAAUGAGCUGCUGAUAGCUGCUUUUUCUCAUCGCUCUAUGGAAGUUAAGGAUGGAAUUGUCUUGGCAACAGGUCUCACAGUUCACCGUAACUCAGCACAUCAGGCUGGUGUUGGUACAAUCUUCGACCGUGUGCUCACAGAACUUGUUGCUAAGAUGCGAGAAAUGAAAAUGGACAAGACAGAACUUGGGUGCUUGCGCUCUGUUAUAUUGUUUAAUCCAGAUGUUCGUGGCUUGAAGUCCGGAGAGGAAGUAGAACGUCUUCGAGAAAAAGUUUAUGCUGCAUUGGAGGAAUACACUCGCACAACACAUCCUGAUGAACCUGGCCGCUUUGCCAAGCUGCUUCUACGUCUCCCGUCACUCCGUUCCAUUGGGCUCAAGUGCCUUGAGCACCUCUUUUUCUUCCGACUAAUUGGUGAUGUACCCAUCGACGAAUUCCUUGUGGAAAUGCUAGAGUCAAACCACUAGAUCCUUAGACAAGUCUGUGUUUUAGCAUGGGUGUUUUCAAGUGUCUGAGUCAUAUUAUGGCUCAUGAGUCAUGGUAAUUUUAAUCAGUAGGCCAUUAGCAUUGUUUCACUGUUAUGCCAUUUCAACUAAAUAUGUUCAUUUCCAUAAGGGACUUUGGUAUAUUCUUUUAAAAUUUAAGUGCACAGUCUAAAUAAAAUUUGUUUUGUUUCCAAACUCAUGGCUGCUUCUGAAAUUGAAUGAACAAUUCAGGUCCUUAAGUGUAUGAACAUGUAACAUGCUGGUCUAUGUUUUGUUAAUCAUCAUGUAUGGAAUGUUGUCUUUAGAAACCCAUUGCACAGUAUGUGGAAGAAGCUGGAGUGCUGGGUUUUAAUAAUCAACAUAUCUGUUCCAUUUAUUACAAGAUAUUGAAGCUCAAAUCCUUUAUGCAUGUGUGGCACUUGAAGUUAUAAACUUCUUAUAACUUGGAUUAUUCAGGAAUUUAGUUAAAUAUGAAUAUAGUUAAAGGGAUACAUUUUACUCUGAAACUCAUCUACUUCAUAUGUAAUUUCAUGUGUCGUUUACCAUCAUACUUGCUUCUUACGGUCAUGUUUACAAGUCUUUUUCUAAGUUAGAAAUGUAUGAAAUUGUUUUCAUAUUUUCCAUAGAACGUUUUACAGUUUCAUACCUUUGUCUUGUGGAACAAUGAUAUCUGUAUGGUGGCAUUGUUCUAGUAACGUAAUAAUUUGGAUUGUUGCAGUGAGAAGUAUAAAGAAAACCUUUUGUUUGUUAGUAAUGAAAAUUUUGUCAUCUUGCUUCUUGUGCUGAUCUGUGCAGAUUUACUUCACAUUCUCCUUUUUGUGUAUCCUGAAUAAAUUCAGUACAAAAUGUAUGUUUACAAGUCGAGUAAUUGGAGCACCAUAUUUAUUUUUGUUCAUUUACAUAAAUUAGCCAAAAUAUCUUAGCCAGUAAUGUUUCUGGCUGUAGGCUGGAUGGUUGUGGUUCUAAUUAUUGUAUAGACAGGGAUAUUUCUAUCUGCCACCAUGUUCAUACUGGUUGUGGGCCCCACGCAUCAUUCAUCUUACUUCUUUGGGGAGAGGAGUGUGAUAGAGCAUGAAGCUGACCAUUCUGCUCCUAGUACCAAGGACUAGAAUAUGUGGAACUUUGCCUCCAUGCCUCCUGUAUACUUUCUUGGUGUGGUUCUUAAUUGCUAGGAAAACUUUACUUGUACCUUACAGAAACAUAAAAAUUUCAUUCAAAACCAAAUGCGUCCAUAGAAAAUAUUUUGCCUGAGAACUGUUACUUUAUACAGUUGGAUGUCUAUUGAUCCCUUAAUUUAGAGUAAUGUCUGUAAUCUGCCAUAUGUAGGAAAAUGGUGUGUACUUUGCAGUUAAGUUGUAAUACUAUAGUAACAUAAUAUGAUCGAUGACAUUGCAACGUACUUCCUGGAAGAAUGUGAACAUAACAUUUGUUGGCCACUAUUCACUGAUAAACCAGAAUGCAACUGUUACUUCCCAGUUCCCAGCAAGAACUGCAUGACUCAUCAUCAAGCACUAGCGUAACAUCUUGUUAAGCACUGGUUAUUGUCGUGUGUGUGAAUAUGAUUUGAUAUACUGUUGAACAGCGUGUUUUUGUGUACAAAUCGUAAAUGAUGUGUGGUUCUACUCUGAAGUGUGAGAAAAUUUUGUCAUAAAUUUCCUGGGAUCACAGUUUCAAACACAACAGACAUUCCUGACCUUAUUAAUAAAUUCAGGUCACUUCUGGAAGGCAGACCUAAAAAAAUGCUAUGUGGUUACUGGAAAAGAAACCAGUUGUAAUAAGGGCUACAUUAGAAUACACUACAGAAGUCACUGAGGUGCCUCACAUAAAAGAAUGGAUCUCAAAAUUGUCAGCAGCUAAAGUAAUGAAGCUGGUCUUCAGGUUCAGUGCAUGAUGGUGAUAUAUACAGAAGAAGGGUUAAAAGAAAACAUAGGAGGAACAGUUUUGGUAGUUCUUUAGAUGAAUUUGAACCUACUUAAAUGAGUGUGUGCAUGUACAGAGAUAGUAUUUUUGGCACCUCUUAUAAUAUAUGUAAGGUUAUUAUAUUGUUUUUGUGGAGUGGUACUUAACUUGUAUUGAUCUUGUAGCAUUUAGCCAAGAAGUGACAGUUGCAUUCCAGUUUGUCAUUGAAUGUGCUGUAUAUCUCUGGACAUGAUCUGGAAUUGAAUCUACUACGUAUUCUGCUAAGGUUUUGGUGUGAAUUCUGAGAAAGAAUCUACAAAGAUCUAUGGGCAAAUUUCUUAUGAAACUUAUGGUAAUGACAGAUUUUUUUAUUGUAUUUUGUAGUCUGAAGUAUUACAAGAUAUAUCAGUACUGGUAAACUUUUCUGUAUACUGGCUAUUCUUCCAUUUUUACACUCCUGUUACUUGAACACAGCCAUAGUUGCACAAUUUUUAAUGCACUUGUUACUACUUUCAAUGCAGUUUAUUAUUUGAUAUCAUAUUCUUUUGUAAUUUCUGGUAAAUUGUUAUACUGUCUAGAUGUCUGUGAUGAUUGAUUAGUAUGUGUAUAUAGUACAAUAAUUAGUAUUGUGUGGUUGUGUCAUUGUUAUAACUUUAUCCUUCAAAGUCAUGUAUAAUGACAUCCAAGUACAAAAGUCCCUCCAUUACCAGUCCAUGUUACAAUAGGCACAGUUUAAGAUGAAUGCAUAUAACUUGGUCUUUUGGUUUGCCACUAUAGGUAGGUUUCCAAAUUCUUCCCCAUCAAACCCCCAUAUAUUUUAUAUUUUAUGAGAGCAGUUGGAGCAGCCAUAUUGCUGCAACUUGCAGUGCAGUAUAGUGAACAGUGUCUUUAGAAUACAUAUGGUGUCAACUCUGCUAAAAUUUAAACAUGUCUCCCAUUUAUUAUGUAAAAGAGUACAACUUUAACAUCUGUAGAAACAAAGGCUGUAGCAGAAAGCAGUUAUCUCUCAUAAUAGGCUCUUUCUGUCGAGAGAUGCAUUAUUAGAUUUCCUUUCAGCCCUUUUUUAGAUGGAGACCAAAUUAUGAGGCUGUUUUAAAUGUUGUUUUCAGUCAGAUUAAUAUUUGUUUCCUUGAAUGCCCUCAAACCGCAUAUUUGAUAUAAGUAGCAAUAUUUUGUUUCCCUCUAUAUCAUAUUUUUCUUGAUUUAUCCAGUUGUGUCUUGGCUAACCUGUUCUUCUCAUUAUUUUCAGUUCUUUGUCUUUCUGUCCUUUCAUUGUCUCCAGUUAUUUAAAAUGCCAAAGUAUUGAAAUAAAUUUUCGUAUAUAACUACUUAAAACUGUAAUAUAUGUUAGAGAGGGAAGUAUUUUGAAUGUUUAUUCUGACACAAGAUAUUUAAUUGCAUCUUGAAACAUUUAUCCUGCACUGCAUAUAUUUGACUUUAAGUAGGUUCUGAAAAAGUUCUUGUAAAUUAAUAAAGAAGUUUAAAUUUUUUACUGCUGCCUCACCUGUUUUCUGAAAGGAACUGAAUUUAUGUGAAGAGAUUUGCAUACUGGUCAUUACCAUGUUACAACCAUUUAAUAAGUAUAUAUUAAUGAAUUUCUGGCACAAAGCUUAUUUAUUUAGAAUCAAUGCUUAUCUAACUUUGAUAUUGCCUUGUAGAGAAUUUGUGUUAGUUACUGGGUUUUCUCUUUAUACCACAAGAAAUAUGUUUAUGGUUCCAUCAUCCCAGACUAAAAAGGAGGUCAGCCUUGAGGUGUGUAACUUUAUGACAUUUGUAAUGGCAGUGGCAGAAUUUAUGAGCUGUUGUAUAUAUUAUACAGUUUUAUUUCUUCUUGUGAUUAGCUGCAGGAAAGGCACCAUCAUUAUUAUAUAUGUAUUCAGUAAAUAUUUGCCUUUUAUUGAUUUGAAGUUACUUUAUAUAAAAAUUUGUGUUGUCAGUUCACAGGGGUCUUUAUUGAUGAUAAUAUUCAUUGCUUUUGGACUGAUACUGUAAAUUUGUGUUUAUCACCUUUCAUGUUACAACAGUGUGUGCAGAUAUCUCAUUAAAUUUGUAGACAGUUUGAAUCCUGUAAACAUCUCUAGAUCUGAGACAGUAUUGUAGUCGUAAGACCAAAAUGUUGAAUUUCUGUAGGUCAUUCUUAAGGCUGACUUUGUUUAUUUGUUACAACAGUUGACUCAAAAUGUAAAUGUAAGAAUUACCAUGGAUCUGUGAUAAAGUAUACUUAGUUUUUUGGAGGGGGGUGAUUAUCAAAUGAGAACUUUGUUCUUGUGAAUGCCCAACUAUGAGGUGGGUGAAAAUGUUAGACAACUCCUUUACUUGUUGUUAUGAAUCUGGUAUAUUAGAGUUUACAUUUACCUCUUUGAGUCAUUGACUGUGCUGUUAAAAUUCUCCCUUUUGCUGUGGUUUAUAGCCAUUCAUCAAAUUAUACUGCAGUGUUUCCCAACUGGUGGUCUAUUUAAUGCUGCUUUUCCACAAAUUCUGUUUACCUUUGUAUUACAUCUGUUUUGUAAAGGGGGGGGCUGUUUUACAAGCCGUUGUUCUUUUUCAUUAAUUUUAGCAGAAAGUAAUUCAUACAAUGUUGGUUGGACCCUGUAUCCAGCAUCCCAAAAUCCAGAAGACUUAAAAUCCACAUUUCUUUUUUCUGUACUUGUCAAAUUUACAACAGCCCCUUCACAGUUCUUUGACUCACCACCAUGUGCAAGUGGCACUACUUGAUGUUCUUCUUACUGCUAAUAGAAGGCAGCUUGCUUGUUUUCACUUGUUUAGUCAGUGGAUGGUGGCAUGGUGGGCUUUUGCAUAUUUUUAGAUGAUAAAAGUGAUAACACUCCAGAUUUGAGAAGUUUUUU